AUGGAUCACAGCCAUCACAUGCAUUCCAUGGAGGGCCACGAAGGCCACGGCGGCCACGGUGGCAUGGACGACAUGUGCAGCAUGAGCAUGCUCUUCACGUGGGAUACGACCAAUCUCUGCAUCGUCUUCCGCCAGUGGCACAUCCGCUCCAACACGUCUCUCGUCCUCUCCCUCAUCGCCGUAGUCCUCAUCGGCAUUGGCUACGAGUUUCUGCGCUCAGUCUCUCGCCGCUACGAGGCGUCUUUGGCGGCGCGGCUGGAAACUGUACCUCGACAGAACCGCGAAAGCGUCAGCAAGCGAGGCCACGUCAUCAAGGCUAUUCUCUAUGCCAUUCAAAACUUUUACGCCUUUAUGCUCAUGCUCGUCUUCAUGACAUACAAUGGCUGGGUCAUGGUCGCUGUCUCGCUGGGUGCGUUCCUCGGCUACCUCUUGUUCGGCCACUCUACAUCGGCCACAAAGGACAACGCUUGUCAUUAG